AUGGGACGAAGAGUGCAAAUAUCCAACUCGGCCGUCAGCUCAGCUCUCAUCCGAGAAGAACUUGGGGCCCAACAUCUGAUAUUCUACACGUCAAAAGCUCUCCUCGAUGCAGAGACUCGCUACCCGAAAUUGGAGAAGCUCAUUUUGGCCCUUGUGGUUUCUGCGAGAAAGCUGCAACCUUAUUACCAAGCUCAACAAGUCAUCGUCAUGACCGACUUUCCCUUGAGAUCAAUCCUCCACAGCCCUGAUGCUUCUCAGCGACUCAUGAAGUGGGCUAUAGAGCUAAGCCAAUACGACCUCCUCUACCGGCCGAAGACUGCAAUAAAAGCUCAAGCCUUAGCAGACUUUGUUGCAGAAUUCACACCAUCAGCCGAAGAAGAGAAGCUGGUUAGCAAAAAGAAGGAAAGUUCGAGAGCAGAUAAGACCUCCACUGAACCUGACCAACCCAGAGACAUGUGGCAGUUGCACAAAGAAGCUGGAGCAGGCGUCGUCAUCAUCACCCCAGAUGGAACUCUGCUAGAGCAAGCUAUCACGCUUGGCUUCUCAGCUUCAAACAACGAGGCAGAGUACGAGGCAUUACUCACUGGCUUGCGCUUGGCAAAGGAGCUAUCAAUCAAAAAGUUGGCCAUCUACUCAGAUUCCCAGCUGAUCACAAGUCAAGCCUCAGGAGAAUACAUGGCGAAGCACCCGAGGAUGAUCUUGUACCUUGACAAAGUCCAAGAGUUGUUGAAGGCGUUUCCCACCUUCACCAUCCAGCAAGUUCCCCGAGCAGAGAACGCGCACGCAGAUGCACUAGCAAGCUUAUGA